AUGCGACGUGUUUUAGGAUUGACAAAGAUAAUAUUAAAACGACGCGUCUAUGUUAAUAGUAUUAACCAUACAAUUCAUACUUUUAGUACAAAAGCAGACCUACAACUACUUCAGAAACUCCGUCAAGAGACAGAAAUUAGUAUUUUAAAGGCAAAAGAAGCUUUAGUUAUAAAUAAAAAUGAUUACGAGAAAGCACUUUCGUGGGUUCUUGAGGACGCAAAAACCAGCGGGAUUAUAAAGGCGGAAAAGUUACGAGGACGCGUAGCAAAAGAAGGGCUGAUAGGAGUGAUGAUUCAUAAUAUGAUUAAUAAAGAAGGUUUUCUCUCAAAUCAAAGAGGUGCUAUCGUAGAGGUAAAUUGCGAGACAGACUUUGUCUCUCGCAAUGAGAUAUUUAAGCAAUUUGUCGCGCAGAUUGCUUCCACUUCACUUUUACUCUCAUUAGAAGAUUCAUCAUCAUCAGAAUUACCAACAAUACAAAAUAUUCCCCUUAAUCUUCUCAAAUCUUCUCCUUUGCUUCCUCUUCCUUCUAUCACGAACUACAAUCACAACUCUAAUACAGUAGAACAAUCUAUCGGAGAGCUAAUUGGGAAAUUAGGCGAGAACAUCACUUUGCGACGCGCUGCUGUGGUAACUACGAAAGAUUCAGGCAAAGAAAAUAGCAUAACUAUUGCAACAACCGGUGGAUAUGUUCAUGGAGGAGAUGAAUUAACCGGAAAAAUCGGGGGACUAAUCUUAUUGCAAUCAUCAGGUGAAACUUCUCAACAACAGCAGUCAUCACAAAUAAUUACUAAAUUGGCGAGAAAUCUCGCGCGUCAGAUAGUUGGCUUAAAUCCAAGAUACAUAAAUGAAGAAAAUAACAUUAGAUUUGAUGAUGGGGUAGAUGAUAGAGAAAGUUUCCUGAACGAGAAUGUGCUAAUGAGACAAACAAGUUUAUGGGGAGGUGGAUCAAUUCGAGAUGUUAUGAAGCAAACGGAAUUGAAUACUAAACUUCAAUUAAAAGUUUUGGACUUCGUAAGAUGGGAAUGUGGUGAAGGGAUAGAGAAACAAGAGACUAAUUUUGCUGCAGAAGUUAUGAAACAAGUUGGCAUGUCUUAA